AAAUGGCGAUGAUAUUUGAGAAGCCAAGUACGAAGUGUGCCACCUCGACUGGUCCAACAUAAUCCGUGAUAAUUUUUUGUAAUGUCUUUUUUCCCCUUUUCUGAUCGGCUCGCUCGUGUUGGUAGUGUCGGUGGCCUUGAUAGAAACAUCUGAUUCCCCUCAUUCGUCGUGCCCAAAGCCAAGUGUACUUAAUUAAAAAAGACGAUUAAUAACUCAACAAAUGCGCUGAAACAAUUUGCAAUAAGCUUCAGCAUAAAAAAAAAAGCCGCGACUGAGCCAAAAACUGAAACAACCGGAAUUAUUCCACGAAAAAAAUCUCCAAAACAGUGAAUUCAGCAGGAACAAAACAAGAGGUUCUUGAUGGGGCAAUCAGGAAAAUCAUACGACGAGGAAGAAGAGCCCACACGGUUCACAUCUCCAGAGUAAAUUAUCCCAGAAUUCAUUAAACUUCACUCCAAAGUGUUUUCCCGAACAAAUGAACCAUUAAUGCGCUCUGCGGUGUUGUCCUUGAGGUGUGGAAAUUGUCAAGUGUGUAGUGGCCCUCGUGAUAAUUGUCACAACACUUGGUCUUCCAAAAAUUCAAUUGCCAAUUAGUCGAGGAUAAUUAAUCGAUAAUCAGUUGAGGUUAACUUGAGAGAUGCGAUCAGUGGCGAAUGUUGAAUUAAUCCUGAUCUAUGGUCUUCGACUGUUGUGUCUGUGUUUUGCCGAGGUUGUUGCUAGUGGUGGUGCACUUGAUGCCAGCACUGGUUAUCAGCCAAGAUCGAGUGAUGGAUCAAAGGGUUCAACGAAAUUUUCAACGACACUCACUGGUGGAAUUGCCCAGGCAGUGGCACAUGACAGUGCCCAGUCCAGCAAGCAGCAGAUCUUGGGUGUUGAGACAUGCAAUGAUGAUUUAGCAUGCAUAACUAUGGCCUCACACGAUCGACUCGGUCUUGAGGCGAUUAAAUCCCUACACAGUCAACUGGACGAUGAUGCUGAUGGCGACGUUGAUCUCUCAGAGUCUGAUGAUUUCUUGAGGGAAGAACUCCAGUACGAGGCCGGUUACGAAAGACGACAACGUGCCUUCCAUCACAAUGAUGAUAUGCAUAUUAGUGUUAGAGAGCUAUGGGAGGCCUGGCUGAGAUCUGAGGUACACAAUUGGACCAUCGAGCAGACCUCAGAAUGGCUUACUUCUAAUGUCGAGCUUCCACAAUAUGUUCCUAAUUUUAUACAACAUCGUGUCACUGGUGCUACUCUUCCUAGAUUGGCUGUGAAUAAUAUGCACUAUCUUAGUAAUGUUCUUGGGAUUAAAGAUCCAAUUCACAAACAGAAAAUUGCCUUGAAAGCGAUGGAUGUAGUGUUAUUCGGACCACCAAAGGAUUCUGGGCACAGCAUUAAGGAUUUGAUACUCAUAACUUUAUUAUUCGGAGCCUUGAUUGGCUGUUGGUACGCAUAUCAGCAGAAGAAAAGUUCUCAGAAACAUCUUAGGAGGAUGAUGAAGGACAUGGAGGGCCUCCAUAAAGCCGAACUGGCGCUGGAGGACCUGCAGAAAGAACUCGAAAGGGCGAGGUUGGAACAAGCCAGUGCAGCAACAGAGAAACAAAAGCUAGAGGCAAAGCUCCAGGGGGAGAGUAUGGGAAUGCACACGUCAUAUUCUGAUCUGGAAGUGUCUCAAUUAAAGCAAGAGAUCGAAAUGUUGAAAUUGGAACUUCAACGUGCAGAGGGAGAACUAGAGGAUCGCUGUUGGUCACCUCCAGUUGGCCUGCAGCACUGGCUUCAACUGACACACGAGAUUGAGAAUAAAGGGUAUAUAAAGAAGAAAAUAGCAGCUGAGAAGCAGCUGCAACAGGCUCGCGAAGCGUGCGAGAAGUUACGGAAGAAGAGAUCUAGCCUCGUGGGGGCAUUCGUCUCGACACAUGGCAAGUCUAUUGACGAGGUUGACAAGAGUAUUGUCGAGGCGAGAACAGCUUUGAAUGAAGUCACUGUUGAACUGCAGGAGAGAGUUCAUCGUUGGAAACAGAUCGAAUUACUCUGCGGGUUCAAUAUUAUUAAUAAUAAUGGAUUGAAUUAUUUGGAGACUAUUUUAUAUCGAGGAGCGCCUAAUGGACGAAGUUUAGGAUUCAGAGGGCGAAUGAGUAGUAGUCAAGACGACUUGGACGACGAGGCAAGUUCCCUGUAUGCAGCAUCAACCUCUGGCGCAGCAGGUGGUCUGGAGAGUUUAGCGUGGAAGGAGUCAUCAGCCCCUCCAGACUCGUCUAGCAGUGAAACGGGCAAGGAUACACCCCCAGAGGUGCAAUUUACUGUUGGUGAUGAGGAUGCUGUGCCACCGAUACCCCCGCGGCCACUGACUAAAGAGAAAACGAGUAUGACGAGAUCAUUUAGUCAGGAGGCGACGAGCAUGACGUACGACGAGGUGAAGAGUUCCCUAGGUCUUUCAAAAACAUCUUUAUCAGAUAAUUCUCUGGACUUGUCCGAGAGAAAGACGAGGAAACCCCUCAAGGAGAUGCCAACGGUUGACGAUGAGACAUUGUCAACAGACUCUAAUUCGACAGCUGACAAUGAUGAGCUCAAGAGACGUCGUAGAAAGUUACAUUUUCCAGGUUUCAGGAAGAACAAGGGCAAGCUCACGUGAUGGUUCGUUCGUUCGAGGGCUUCAUUUGCACUUAAUCGAUCACAGGGCAACAGAGUGCCUUGACGAAAGCUCAAAUGGACCCUAAGUAUUAAUUGUAUUAAAUGAAUCAUUGUGAUAAAAACUUUUUGAUGGUUUUUUGUCAGGUUUUUUUUUUUUGGUUUUUUUUUUUUUUUUCAAAUGUCGUUGUCUCUCUGCUUGAGCUUUUCUCGAUGCCUUGUACUCUGGUUCGAAGAACAAACUAUUAUAAACUUAUUGAAAUUGUAUAUUGAAUUGAGGACAAUAUCGAUGCGGGUUUUCUAGUGAUAUUUUAGAGUUCCGUCGGGGAAAUUAUUUUCCCUUUUUAAGUGAUGAUUAUUGAUGGUGGAGAUUCAUUAAUGUUCUUCCAACCUCGAUGAGGAUGACUAAUUAAUUAUGGAAUCGCUUCUAAAUUAUAUUCAUGACAUGAUUAUUUAUUAUAAGAGAUGAUAUAAAAAUUUAUUGAAAUCGCUCAUGAAUUAUCAGAGUACGGAUGAGAGCGAUCAGUAUUCGGGGAUGAACGAGUGAACUGUUGACACCGCUGGGCCUUUAAUUAAAUAAUCAAACGAGGAUGAGUAAUCUCGAGAGCUGCUCCAUAACUGAGCGUAAAAGUGAUGAAUAGCACGGUAAUGUCAGUUAACGUCAA